UCUCUGAAAAUUUCAUUUUUCUCUCACUUUCUUGCUGUCAAAACGAGAAAAAGAAAAAAAUGGGAAGAGACGAUUUGUACAUUACCGUAACAAGUUUUUUUCGGUGUCCGAUAUCGUUGGAUGUGAUGAAAUCCCCAGUGAGCUUAUGCACGGGCGUAACGUACGACAGAACCAGCAUCCAACGGUGGCUAGACAGCGGCAACAACACUUGUCCGGUCACGAUGCAAGUUCUUCAAAGCAAAGAAUUCGUUCCCAACCGGAAUUUACAGCGACUCAUUCAGAUCUGGUCCGACUCAGUCGCUCGCCGUCAACUCGACUCCGAACCGGCGGCCAACGCAGUUGUUGUUCCUUCUCAAGAUCAGGUUAAAGUCUUGGUCAAACAGCUUGACAACAAUUGCUUUUCAUCGUUAACUAAGAUCGUUUGUUUCGCGAAAGAAUCGGAGGAUAACCGCGAAUUCCUUGCGAGAAUGGACGGGUUUUUGAACGUUGUGUUCGAUUUCAUGAGGAAUGCGGAAUCUGACAUCAAAUUAAUCGAACAAGUUAUUAAGAUUUUGGACUUGAUGCAAAGAAAAAUUUUGGACAAGAAGCCGCUGUUGGAAUCGAAUUGCUUGUCGACGAUUCUUCUCGUCCUACAACGAGGAAGCUCAGAUUCGGAAAUCCAAUCGGUUCGAUUACUGGAGUCCGUAGCGGUCGAUGGAGAAUCCAAGCUCAAAAUAGCCGAAAAAGAGGCAUUAUUACUCGAAUUGGUGAAAUCAUUAAGUAAAGAGAAGGAUCCAAGAUUGAUCGAAGCGAGCUUAUCUUGUUUGAUCGUAAUCACAGUGGCCAAAAGAGUAAAAACCAAACUAAUCCAAUCUCGAAUAAUCCCAGAAUUAAAGAACCUCUUAUCCGAACCAAACAUGACCGUUUCGAUAAUCGAGAAGUCAUUAAAACUGCUGGAAACGUUGUCUUCUUGCAAAGAAGGGAGGGUGGAGAUAUGGCGUGAUACGAUAUUGUUAAAAGCGAUUGUGCAGAAAGUGUUGAAAGUAUCGAGUAAAGCGACGGAGCAUGCGGUGACGAUACUUUGGAGCGUUUGUUAUUUGUUUAGAGACGAGAAAGCGCAAGAAGCGGUGGUUAGUAGCAAUGGGAUGACCAAGUUUUUGCUGCUCAUACAAAGCAAUUGUUCUCCUGCGGUUAGGCAAAUGUCGGCCGAUUUGCUCAAGAUUUUUCGUGUUAAUUCCAAGUCUUGUUUAUCAAGUUAUGAUACUAAGACUACCCAUAUUAUGCCCUUUUGAGGAACCUUGCUUUUUUUUUUUUUCUUUUAAUGAAGAAAAGAUGGUGGAAAGAAAGAAAA